AACUUUCUCAGUUGGAACAAAACUUUCCUGAGUAAAGGAGGAUGAACUGAGCGGCUGGAUGCCAGCAGCUGAGUGAGUAACAGCAGAGAGAGGCAGAGACAGGCUUGAAGUGUAUGAACAGAGAGAGGAUGAUAUCUUAAUUAUAGGUUUCUAUAAUUGUCUGCUGACAGACGGGAUGUUAUUUACUUUACAAAACCAACAGUUUUCUUCUCUAGCUUGGUUGUGGUUGUUUUGUAAUACAGAACUGUAGAUACUUGGAAGAAUAAUUGGAUUUGAUCCUGUAAUGUGAUGUUUGCUACAGAUAGACUAUAUUUUUCACUUCUAUUUCAAAAGCAGACCAUCUUAAAGUUAUUUUAAACUUUUAAAUAAAAAAGCUGUCUUCUUAUAGUUGUGAUUUUUUUAAAAAUGUCAGUUUAGCCAGUAGACAGGAGAUUAUUAUUACUUCACCUCAUCAUUAUGCUGCUGGCUCUGCUUUUGGUUCUGAGUCUUUGCUCUGAGGCUCUCUUCUCUGAGUCAUCAUCAAUAACUAUCCAGUACCGGGUUUGGGAGGAACAGCCGGUGGGAACGCAGGUCGGCCGUCUGGUGGAUGACCUCCGGCAGAGGGAUGAAGGUGGCCCUCUGGAGGAUUUCCAGGUGGUGGAGCACGGAAAAGCCCUUCCCUUCUCUGUCAGCACUCGAGAUGGGGCCGUCUCCACCCAAGGCAGGCUGGACAGGGAAGAGCUGUGUCGAGGGUCGGACCUGUGCGAAGUGGCCUUCAGUGUCCUCUACAGGAAAAGUGGUGCUGUGAAGUGCCUGAGGGUUCAUGUGGAGGUGAUGGACUUGAAUGACCAUAGUCCUAGCUUCCCCAGUCCUCUGCAGGAAGUGGAGAUCUCAGAGACAGCCAGCCUCAGGAUGCGACUCCCUUUGGACCGGGCAGUGGAUCCUGAUGCGGGGCCCAAUGGCCUUCAGACCUACUCUCUUUCUGUCAACCAACACUUUGCUCUGGAUGUGACAGUUGCUCAUGGUGGGACAAAACAGGCAGAGCUAGUGGUUAUCAAAGAAUUGGACAGGGAGGUUCAAGCCUCAUUUGAUCUCACGUUAAUGGCGUGGGAUAAGGGGAACCCCCCGAGAUCUGGGAGCACAUUAAUCCGUGUUAAUAUUCAGGACUCAAAUGAUAACAGCCCAACAUUUGAGGACAACACUCCCACUGUAGAGCUACCUGAGGAUACAGCUCGUGGGACAACCAUCAUCAACCUGAGGGCCACUGACCCAGACCAGGGUGCCAAUGGGGAGGUGGAGUAUUCACUCAGCAAGCAUACACGUACGGAAGUUCAGAGGUUCUUCUAUGUGGAUCCACAAAGUGGAGCUGUGAGUCUCAGAGCACCCCUGGACUAUGAGGCUCAGGCUUUUUAUGAAGUAAUCAUACAGGCCCGUGAUCAUGGACCCAAUGCCAUCCCCACACACUGCAAACUGCACAUCAAGCUUAGGGAUGUUAACGAUAAUGCACCGAGGAUACACAUGAUUUGGACUCCACCCAACUCGCCUAUGGCGACUGUGCUGGAAGGAGCAGUAGAGGACACUUUUCUUGCUCUGGUGAUGGUCUCCGAUGCAGAUUCGGGAGAAAAUGGCAAAGUGAGUGCACACAUUCAGCAAGGAUCUGGUCCCUUCCACCUUAAACAGAUCCAUGGCAACAAUUACAUGAUUGUUACCAAUGGAAGUCUGGAUCGAGAGAAGGUUAUGGAGUAUAACAUCACUAUCCUGGCCCAGGAUUAUGGAGACCCCCCAUUGUCCUGUGUUAAACACCUGCCUGUUCGUGUUUUGGAUGAGAAUGACAAUGCCCCAGUGUUUUCCACCUCCAUUUAUAAGACUACCUUCAAGGAGAACAAUGUUGCAGGCUACCACGCUCUCGAAGUCCAAGCACAUGAUGUUGACCUGGACCUCAGUGGGAGAGUGUCCUACUUCAUACACAACUCCGAUGAUGUGGAAACUAACACACAAUCUUUCUCCAUCCAUCCAACCAGUGGUGUCAUAAGCAUCCAGCGCCCUCUGGACUAUGAGGAAUCCCACACCUACUCUUUCAUUGUGGGAGCUGUCGACCAUGGUCAUCCACCUCUCACCAGCACUGCGACUGUACAGGUCGACAUCGAGGAUGUGAAUGACAACUACCCAGUCAUCAAAGAGCCAAAGCCCAGAAAGGGUGUGGCCUCUUUAAGUGUACCUGUCAAUGCAGACAAAGGGGAGAUCGUGACCGAGUUGGGGAAUGACAUUGAAGAGACAUCGACUGCUUUGCCAACCAAUCACUUAGUCAGAGAGGGAUUUGUUGGAUUCCUUGCAUCCACAAUAAAGGCUGAAGACCCAGAUUCAGGGCUCAAUGGAGAACUCCAGUACCUCAUUACAGAUGGAAACAACUAUGGACUUUUCUGGUUGGAUCAAGCUACAGGCCAGUUGUUUGUUAACACCACCAAUGCUACAGAGCUUAUUGGGAAAACCUACAAGUUUGAUAUAGCUGUAUCUGACAUGGGCACCCCCAGCUUGGCCACCAAAGUGACUCUGGAGGUGACUUUUAUUAACCUCAAAGAUCACUUGAAGAACUCGUCACCUGGAAACCGUGGACAGCUAAGCCACACCAUGAUGAUGGCGAUCUGUCUAGGCGCUACGUGCUUGCUGCUCCUCCUGACUAUUGCUUUGGUGACAACAUUCUGUCGCCCUGAGAAACGGGACAACCGGGCUUACAACUGCAGACAGGCUGAAUCAACCUACACCCGACAUCCUCGGCGCCCACAGAAGAACAUCAGAAAGUCUGAUAUCCAGCUCAUUCCUGUCAUCAGGGGACGAAAAGACGAGCCUCCUGAUGAUGAUAGUGAAGCCCAGCCACUGGCUCCACCUCCAGUGAUGCCAGAUGAUCAUCAAGCUGACAGACAGUAUACCUUAGCACCAUCAGUCAUGAACACAAGCUUCCAUUCCCAAGGCUACCCAGAAGGGGAUGCCACUCAACCUGUUACCCAUCACUGCAGAACGCUUAGGAAACCUGGAAACAUCGAACUUGAUGGCACUUUGCCUCUGAUGCCAGCUACAUCAUAUCAGACUCUUCAGAAACCCAGGAACCCUUCAUCAUCCUCAUCAGUCUCACAUUUGAGCUCCUUGAAGUGCCAGACUCAUCCUGAAGGGGAAGAGGCAGUGUCGCCAUCUGCGAGAUCCCAGGCGAUGCUCAGGAGGCCCAAGAACUCGGAGGGAGGAGGAGCACAGGAUGCAGAGCACCGGCAGAUGCUUCAAAACCUGGUUCGACUGUCAAUGGCCGCAUUUGGAGAUGCCAUCGAGCUUUCAUCAGCUUCCCCGGAAGUGCAGCAGAUCUCCCAGCUCCUCUCGCUCCUCCGGCAGGGUCAGCUGCAGCCAAGGCCAAACUUCCGGGGGAACAAAUAUUCUCAUCGCAGAUACGGAGGUCAGGACUGUUCAGACUGGCAGAGCACCAAAGACAGCGGGCAUGGUGAGAGCGAGGCUGGAGACGUGGACUGGGAACCAGGAAGAGACUCCCCCAUAGACCUUCAGCUGGAGGAGGGGCUUAACAACAUACUCAACAAUCCUGAUGACGUCUUCCCGGAGGUCAGUGACCCGGCCUGGAUGGCCAGACUCUCGCUCCCACUCACUGGCGACUAUCAUGACAAUGUUUUUGUCCCCAAUGGGCCUCUGUCCCCUGACGGUGAGCUCCUUCCCUGUGAGGGCUUGGAUCCAUCCUCCUUCUCCACCUUUGGUAAAACUCCAGAGAAGGAUGAUGCCCUGGGCGGGGCCCUCCUGUCAGAGGUCAGCACACUGUUUGAGAUGCUCAUGACGCAGAAGGCCGACAGCCACCCUGGGCCACGGCCCGACGUCCUGUACCGACUCUCUGCAGCGUACCGGCGUUCGCUGGGCCUGGACACCGCCACCACGCCUAUCGCAAGCAAUGCACCAAGGAACUCUGGUUAUACUGACAGGAGGUUGGGCCUGUUUGCACCCUCAGGACAUAAGCAAUAAAUGUAACACUGGUGCUUUGAGCUGACUGCUGCAACUCAGAACAGGAAGUUACACAAAAUGUUUCUUCUGUUGGGAUUUUAGAGGCGUUAGGCGAUACAAUAUUUAAAUUUGAUUGACUGCAUCUGUAAAUAAGGCAAAUAAAACCUGUUUUUGUAGAAUCAAAACUUAGAGAAGAUGUGCCACAAAGGGACCAGACUAUGUCUUCAGACUGAAGUGAGGGCCACACAUAAAGAUCAAGUCAUGAUGAAAAGGGAUUUAUUUGGUCCAUUUUCAGAGCAGACUUUGUUAAAAAGUAACCAAUCAGCAAGGUCAACUACACAAAAAACAGGGAUCAUGUGUUAAAAAACAAACAACAUCAACAGGCAGGUAGACUACAGCUACAGCAAACAGAUGCUACAGCAGCAGAGUGGAGAAAAGGAUAUGGAGCUGGUUUAUAUACUGAGAGACUAAUGAGGGAAUGAGAAGCAGGUGGGUGUGGAGGUCAGGUGACACACUGAGGGAUCUACUGGACAGGUGAAUAAUGAAAGGAUCUGCAAGGACAGGAGAGAAAAGUGACCAGGCAUAAGAGAGUGACUGAAUGAGUUUGUUUGGCGGAGCAGGGGUUUUUUAUUGCUUAUUUAAACAAAUGUGAUCAUGACAACAAAAGACAUCGUUACCUCCAGCUGAGGCGAUGGGAUGCCACUAGUGAAUUAAUCUCAAUACACAGUUUGGCUCUCUGCAGAUACAAAAAGGUGGUGAUGUGUAAGUAAAUGUUCAGUGAAACAUGAGAGUGACAACAGAAACAUUUCAGAGAAUCCAGCAGCAGGGAGCUGUUCUCUGCCCCAUAUCACUUCACAAAAUGGAGGAAAAAAUGAUCCUAAACAAGUUUCUUUGUUUUCUUCCCAGUGAGCCACCACAACCUGAGUAAGAAACACGCUUCUCAGGAGACACCAACUCUCUUGUGCCCCUUUGCAGCUAAGCACAUUGACUUAGUAUGUUUGUCACUGUCUUUUUGGUCAGAACACAUUAAUUCCCCGUGAGGCUUCAGGGUUAGUACGAACAUUUCUGGACCCAACACGAAUCCUCGUAAAUAUCCAAAAUGUAACGCUUGUACAUUUCAUGGCUGUGGUCAGCAGUCAUUGGGUCAGACAAACAGACUGAUGACAGAACCAUCCUCAGACCAACUUAUGAGCAGGGAUGUGUUAGAAAUGGUGAUACAGUUCUUGUUGCAUUGUUUUUCCAUCAAUAACACAAGAAGUAACCAGAACAAUUCAGGUUUAAUUAAGAGUAAAUGAAAGGAAUGGUGGAAAACAACUUGAAUGAAUGCAGACAGAU